AUGUGGUGUCGCUUCAGUUUUCUCUGUUUUCUCAUCGGAGUUCCUCUGAGUUCGGCCUCUAGUCUUGCACACUUGAAAAUGAGCGUGUCCAAGCAAUCAACGGACACCACAGACACUUCUUCCAGUUCUUCAAUGACUGUAGGAACUGUGUUGCCUGCCAACAUCGAAGACUCUUUCUCCUCGUCUGGCAGCACUGUCGGUGAUAUUAAAUCGUCCGUAAGCGGCAACGGCAGCUGGUACAUGUCACCUGUUACAGUCAUCCAAGCCCGUAUUCAGGGUGAUGCUCCUGUGUGGAACGAAGACGUGAAGAUGUGGUUGUCUAAGUUUGGUGAUACGACAGAACUUGCUUAUAUGAACAAUCUUGAUACAGUCAACACGGCGUCUGUCGAAGGAGCUUUGAUGUUUGUACAAGCUGAAGGAAUCAAUGUAAAUGAACAAUCAGUCAAGUGUGAGCGUAAGAACAAGAUGCAAUACGUUGUUUUUUACGAAGUGACAAUCCUUCAGCCAACGUACGGUGUCAAAUACUACGAGGACCACACGCCUCCCGAAUAUGGCAAGUUUGUAGCUAUGGAUGGUGCCAAAUGCACAGAUGAGGGUAGCGAUCUGUCAGAGGACUGCAAGGUCUACUAUGGAUUAGACGGUGAAAAAGAUAUUGGUCCGAUGGUGGGCAGCAACAUGCAGACGUCUGACCCUCGUGCUCCAUAUGUUGACAACUAUUGGUUCUCGUACCCAAACUCAUGCGCACAGAAGCUACGCGAGGACAAGACGGACGAAUGUCGUACCAAGUACCCUGGUGGACUAUGCGCUCUGGGUGUCAAGCCUGAUGGAGACAACUGCACGUUUAGCUACAAGAUUCUGGGCUACCUGAAUAUUGACGACCUGGUUGGGAUCACUGAGAUGGGCUACAGUAACUACACAGAGUUUUGCGAGGAUGGACUUGUGGAGUUCAAGGCCACAAACACUGGCAGAGGCUUUGAGGUGGAGGAGUCGAUUGACUUUUGGCAGAAUCCUGGUGACGAGGACGCCAACUCGAACCGUACGAGCAUCAUGGUGAAGAUGUAUAACGAACUAGCAAGCAAUGGCACGAGUUCUAAUAUGACGCCUUUGCCGUCUGUUGAGAAGCUGACAGCGGCAAACCCGAAGUGCUACGAGAACAGCAAAGCGUGCGCGACCGCCCAGUACGGCUGCAGCCGUUCGCUGUACGCACAGAUCUGCUCGGUGUGCUCGCCCAACGCGAAGGGCUGUGUGUUUGCUCCCUCUACGUUCUCGUUCCCGGAUCUGACACUUCCUGACAACACAUCGUCGGAUUCGGCGCCUACUGAUUCAUCGAGUAGCUCGAUGACCGCUGCAUUGGCGCCCGUUUUCGUGAGUCUCGUGGCCGCCAUCAUCAGCAAUCUGUUGUAG